CGGCGGUUGGUCGGGCGAAGCCAUCUAUUACGCUACGUGGGGGUAGCUAAAAGCCUGCGCAGCCACAUUUUUUCCAUUAUUAGCUCUUCAGGCCCAGAUGCUAGCCUUCUUUUUAACCGUGGUAUCCGUUUCGUAUGCUCAGACCGCGCAGAUGGGUUCCUGACUCUCUGGGGAGAGGGCUGUGUGGCUCUGUGCGGCGAUCCCCCCCUCUCGACGGGGAGCCGGUGGGAGGGGACGACGGCCAGAGGCGGGGGGAGGCGGCCCUAGCGCCAUUUUGUGGGAGCGAAGUGGUCGCUGGGCUGCUCUUGGAUUCCUCGCUGUUUCGGUUUCCCUGUCGGGCUUCCUAGCAGCGGCCUAGCAGAAAAACAAGAAAAGAUGUCUGAAUAUAUUCGGGUAACCGAAGAUGAGAAUGACGAGCCCAUUGAAAUACCAUCAGAAGACGAUGGGACAGUGUUGCUGUCCACGGUUACAGCCCAGUUUCCAGGAGCGUGUGGGCUGCGCUACAGGAAUCCAGUGUCCCAGUGUAUGAGAGGUGUCCGCCUGGUAGAAGGAAUUCUGCAUGCCCCUGAUGCUGGCUGGGGCAAUCUGGUAUAUGUUGUCAACUAUCCCAAAGAUAACAAAAGAAAAAUGGAUGAAACAGAUGCCUCAUCAGCAGUGAAAGUGAAAAGAGCAGUCCAGAAAACAUCUGAUUUAAUAGUGUUGGGUCUCCCAUGGAAGACGACUGAACAGGAUCUAAAAGAAUAUUUUAGCACCUUUGGAGAGGUUCUUAUGGUUCAGGUCAAGAAAGAUAUUAAAACUGGUCAUUCAAAAGGAUUUGGCUUUGUUCGUUUUACGGAAUAUGAAACCCAGGUUAAAGUAAUGUCACAGCGACAUAUGAUAGAUGGACGAUGGUGUGACUGUAAACUUCCAAAUUCUAAGCAAAGCCCAGAUGAGCCUUUGAGAAGCAGAAAGGUGUUUGUUGGGCGCUGUACAGAGGACAUGACUGCUGAUGAGCUGCAGCAGUUCUUUUGCCAGUACGGAGAAGUGGUAGAUGUCUUCAUUCCCAAACCAUUCAGGGCUUUUGCCUUUGUUACAUUUGCAGAUGAUCAGGUCGCCCAGUCUCUUUGUGGAGAGGACUUGAUCAUUAAAGGAAUCAGCGUACAUAUAUCCAAUGCUGAACCUAAACACAAUAGCAAUAGACAGUUAGAAAGAAGUGGAAGAUUUGGUGGUAAUCCAGGUGGCUUUGGGAAUCAGGGUGGCUUUGGUAACAGUAGAGGGGGUGGAGCUGGUUUGGGGAACAAUCAAGGUAGUAACAUGGGUGGAGGGAUGAACUUUGGUGCUUUCAGCAUCAAUCCAGCGAUGAUGGCUGCAGCCCAGGCGGCUCUGCAGAGCAGCUGGGGUAUGAUGGGCAUGUUAGCCAGUCAGCAGAACCAGUCAGGCCCAUCGGGUAAUAACCAAAGCCAAGGCAACAUGCAAAGAGAGCCAAACCAGGCCUUUGGUUCUGGAAAUAACUCGUAUAGUGGUUCUAAUUCAGGGGCAGCGAUUGGUUGGGGAUCAGCAUCAAAUGCAGGGUCAGGCAGUGGUUUUAAUGGAGGCUUUGGCUCAAGCAUGGAUUCCAAAUCUUCGGGCUGGGGAAUGUAGACGUUGGGUUAUGGUUGGUUGGUAUAGACUGGUGGGAAUUCAAAUUUUUCUAAACUCAUGGUAAGUAUAUUGUAAAAUACAUAUGUACUAAGAAUUUUCAAAAUUGGUUUGUUCGGUGUGGAGUAUAUUCAGCAGUAUUUUUGACAUUUUUCUUUAGAAAAAGGAAGAGCUAAAGGAAUUUUAUAAGUUUUGUUACAUAAAGGGUUGAAAUAUUGAGUGUUUGAAAGUGAACUGCUGUUUGCCUGAUUGGUAAACCAACACACUACAAUUGAUAUCAAAAGGUUUCUCCUGUAAUAUUUUAUCCCUGGACUUGUCAAGUGAAUUCUUUGCAUGUUCAAAAUGGAAACCAUUGAUUAGAACUACAUUCUUUUCUCCUUGUUUUAAUUUGAACCCCACCAUAUGGAUUUUUCCCUUAGGAAAAUCUCCUUUUUGGAGAUCAUGGUGUCACAGUGUUCUUUCGUUUUCGUUUUUGUUUUUUUAACACUUGUCUCCCUUCAUAUACAAAAGUACAAUAUGAAGCCUUCAUUUAAUCUCUGCAGUUCAUCUCAUUUCAAAUGUUUAUGGAAGAAGCACUUCAUUGAAAGUAGUGCUGUAAAUACUCUGCCAUAGGAAUACUUCUGUCUACAUGCUUUCUCAUUCAAGAAUUCGUCAUCACGCUGCACAGGCUGCGUCUUUGACGGUGGGUGUCCCAUUUUUAUCCGCUACUCUUUAUUUCAUGGAGUCGUAUCAACGCUAUGAACGCAAGGCUGUGAUAAUGGAACCAGAAGGCUGUUUGAACUUUUGAAACCUUGUGUGGGAUUGAUGGUGGUGCCGAGGCAUGAAAGGCUAGUAUGAGCGAGAAAAGGAGAGAGCGCGUGCAGAGACUUGGUGGUGCAUAAUGGAUAUUUUUUAACUUGGCGAGAUGUGUCUCUCAAUCCUGUGGCUUUGGUGAGAGAGUGUGCAGAGAGCAAUGAUAGCAAAUAAUGUACGAAUGUUUUUUACAUUCAAAGGACAUCCACGUCUGUUGGAAGACUUUUAAGUGAGUUUUGUUCUUAGAUAACCCACGUUAGCUGAAUGUGUUAAGUGAAACGAUACUUGUAUUUCCCUGCCCCUUUGUCAACUGCUGUGAAUGCUGUAUGGUGUGUGUUCUCUUCUGUUACUGAUCUGUAAGUGUGGUCACGUGAACUGAAGCUGAUGGGUUGACAACAUGGACUGAGCUUGUGGUGUGCUUUGCAGGAGUACUUGGAAGCAGAGUUCACCAGUGAGCUCGGGGUGUCUCACAGAAGGGUGGAAGUUCUAAUGUCUGUUAGCUACUCAUAAGAAUGCUGUUUGCUGCAGUUCUGUGUCCUGUGCUUGGAUGCUUUUUAUAAGAGUUGUCACUGUUGGAAAUUCUUAAAUAAAACUGAUUUAAAUAAUAUGUGUCUUUGUUUUGCAGCCCUGAAUGCAAAGAAUUCAUAGCAGUUAAUUCCCCUUUUUUGACCCUUUUGAGAUGGAACUUUCAUAAAGUUUCUUGGCAAUAGUUUAUUUUGCUUCAAAUAAACUUAUUUGAAAUAUUGUCUCAAGUCAAAUGGAUUCAUCACCUGUCAUGCAUUGACACCUGAUACCCAGACUUAAUUGCUAUUUGUUCUUGCAUUGUCCAAAGUGAAAAGUUUUUGUUUUUGUUUUUGUUUUUUAUUUUUAAAUCUAGUUUUUAAUAAGUCUGGGUGACCGCACCUAAAAUGGUAAGCAGUACCCUCCAGCUUUUUCUUAGUGCCUCUGUGCAUUUGGGUGAUGUUCUAUUUACAUGGCCUGUAUAAAUCUCCAUUGGGAAAUCAUGCCUUCUAAAAAUAUUCUUAUAUGGAGGAGUGGGCAAAACAAUGCUAAUUAUUUCUAAAUGCUUUGUAGCAAAGCCUAUCAAUUGCAGUGAAGGGAAUAUCAGAGCCUUUGUAGUUGGGGAUUUGAAAAGUGGAAUUAAUUGCAAUAGGGAUAAAGUAGAAGAAACCACAAAUUAUCUUGUGCCUGAAAUCCAUUAAGAAGCCUGGUAGCUUUAAGAACGAGCAGGGUGGGUUGUCUGUGGAAGUGUUCAAUGGAAUGGGUUUUGUCUUCCAAAGGUGGGGAAAUAGAGUAAUGUUGAAUAAAAUCGCUUACAAAACUCAGAUUAGACUCUCACGAUGCAUUGUUAAGUAUGUAAAAGCAAUAAUAUAUUAAUUCUCCAUUGUACUUUUUAUGUAACUACUGUGAGAGUUGAGCUCAUUUUCUAAUGGAAGAUGUUGAACAGUUUUUGUGUUGAUAGUUUACCUAAUGCCCUUGUCUAAUUAGAUUAUGAUAAAUAGGUUUUUUGUUUUACAAGUUACGUGCUUUAAAUUUUUAUAAAUGAACUUGUCCUUUAAACUUGUGGUCGCCACAUUGUUUAGUCAGUUUCCUCUGUAACAGGAUCUUACGUUGUUUUAUUUUUUUCUGCAUCUAAAUUGCAUGAUUUCCAAACCCUGUACCAUCUGAAUUUUGCAUUUUAGCACUUGCACUAUUACUCAGCAGCAGUAACAUGGUAACACUUAAAUGGUAUUCGGGGACCUCCAAAGACUAAACUGACACGCCUUCAAGGAGCCCAGGGGUAAGUUAACUUUGUCAAUGGCAUGGUUUUAAUCCUUUAUUUACACUUGUAUAAAUCUAGUUAACAGUCUUGGAAGGCUUUCAGUGUUGAGUAGCCUUCUAUUAACAUGUUUAUGGUACUACAUGGCUAUGGGUAUUUAAUCCCCCUCCCCCCCCAAAAAAAAAAUUGAAGUUUAGAAGUAAACUAUUUGGCAAAGAUUUGUUUUUAAAGUCUACUUGGUCAUCUAAAUGCAUUCAUUCUAAAAAAAAUUUUUUGAACCAGUUGAAUAAAAAUUUUUGUUGCUACCACAGUUUAGUGUCUGGAGUCUUACUGGAAAAACGCAAUUUCUUUUUUUUAUGUGACAAGAUGCUGGAAAAUUACCUUUUAAAAAUGAGUCUGAAAAAAUUGCACUUUAGCAAUUCCCUGGUGGCACAGCUGGUUGAGGAUCUGGCAUAGUCACUGCUGUGGCUGUGGCACGGUUUCAGUCUCUGGCCCCAGGAACUUCCACGUGCCAUGGAUGCGGCAAAAAAAAAAAAAAAAAAAUGCAAUUAAUAUGCACAGGAAGUUAGAACUCAAAAUUUUUACAUACAAUGGUUAAUCUGGCUAGAAUGAAAAACUUUGUUAAAUGUUAGCCAUUAAAACUUUUGAGAGAGGAGUGGACAACUAGAAUGAGAGAUUUUUAAGGUUAAAUCAGAGCUUAAAUAUUCUUAGGAAAAAACAUGUUAAGUACUACUUAGAAUUCAGAAGAUGUAUGUGAUAAUUAGAAUAAUUUCUUGUUGAAUACUAGCUAAGUCUUUUGAUUGUAUACGUGAGUUCUAUAUUCUGCUGUUGUAUGCUCUGUGAUCUAUUAAGUGCGCCCAGCUAUUUAAUUUAGGUCAUGGUAAGAAGGAAAAAAACCACUACAGAUUUCUAAUACUUUUCAUGUUGUAUUUCAUCUUAUGGAAAUGCCACAUUUGAUUGAAUUGUCGCCUGAAUUUGUACAUUAGGUUAUUUCCAAGUGCUAGGAACAUCCUCACUAAAUUUAAAACUUAGCAUUGGAAUUACCAGUUCAAAGAUGAUGAAUGCUUUUAAGACUUCUGAAAUAUAUUGCCAGGUUGUACUUCAGAGAAAAUUCAUGUUGUCUUCAACAGUGUGAAAUAGAGCUGUUCCAUGUUCUUUUUUGUCUGCUAGUUUGAUACGUGAAAAAUUACAGUAUUGAUUUUAACGUAGAAAUCAGUCCAUACCCAGCCUAGGCUAAAGUAUCCAAUUUAUCUAACCCCAAAAAACCAUGAUUCAGGGUAGUUCCUGAACCAAUACUGCUGUGAUAUGUAACCUCUCAGAGGUCACUAAAUCCAAAAAACAGAAUAAUAGUUAAUAUGAACAGGCAGUUUACAGAAAGGCACAAGGACAAAAAGACACUGGACUUUGUAAGUAAAUACACAUUUAACCAAUGAGCUGCUAUUGGGUUGGUAAAGGUGAAUAUCACCUCACUGGUUUAGGUCCCCUUAAAUCAAAGAAUAAGCGGUGAAAACCCAGCAAGUUGGAGAAGUACCUGAAAGGCAAUCUCGCCUAUACUUUGGUUUGGUUUUGGAGUGGAAUGGCAGCUGUCAUGUUAAUGUUUUUCAGGUCAGUUUGCUGCUAAGGUCUUUAAAGAUGAUUUUUUAAAACAAGGGAUCAUUUGUUGAUUGGAUUUAAAAAUUAUUAAUUAUGUUGUUGAUCCAAGGAAUAUAGUUAAUGACUUUUGUGUAGACCCCAUAUUGACCUGCUUCCCCACAAUUAGUGGAACUCCAGGACACUAUUCCUCCCACAAACCACUUCUGUGUCUCAUCAUCUAGAAACACUAAUGCUCCCCCACUGUCGCCUUUACAGCUGUCCUUGCCCCCACUUUCUAAACCUGCACAGAGCAUGUUAUCAGUUACCCGCACCCCUGGAUCGGACUUCUUUUCAAAGGCAGCAACACAUUUCUGGUGGUCAACAAUGGGCAGGUCAGCAGACAUUAGAUUUCUGGCAAGAAAACCCCUUUGGGUUAAUCCCCAUCCAGAUGCAGUCCCAAUGUCAUUUGUCCUCAUGAAGGAUUCGGCUUCUUUUCUUGGCAAACAGAUAGGCAUGACGUUGCUAUUGAUAACAACUUUGUCCUUCAAUUUAAUCAGUGCUAUGUCGUUAUCAUACCCAGCAUUGUGAGUAUAACCUUCAUGUAUAAAAAUGGCCUCGGCCCAGGCCUGUGUAUAAUGAGGUGACAGUCUCUUCAAGACACCCAACCUAAUGUCUAGGGAGGAGGCAUCUUCUUUUUGUUUAUAUACAGCAUGAGCAGCUGUUAGGAUCCAGUCGUCAGAUACAAGUGCACCUGCUGCCAUAGUUUCACCAAAUAGCAGGACUUGCCAGGGAAAAUCCCCAAGCUUUGCUUUUUGUCCUCCGUAUAUACGACCUUCUGUAGUACGGGUUGAUAGUCCACAAACUGGGGGAAGAAGCAGAUGUAUAGAGCCUUUAUAGAUGUAUAGAGCCUUUUUCUUCAGUUACUACCACUUUGGGGUUGUGUGUAUUUACUGUCAGCUAAAAAUUGUAUCACAUGAGUCGUCCACCUAUACAUACAGGCAAGUGAGGCUGCUUAAAACUGUUUAAAGACCCUAUAAAAACAUUUGCUAUUUCUUAGCUCCUCAGAAAAUGAGGUGUGUGAAAAUUAACUUUUAUAAACUAAUUUGUUUUGCUAAAAUAAUUUGGUCUCACAAUUGGGUAAAUUAUUUUAAUAGGGCAAACAGAAACUGUCUGAGCUGAUGUGCAUAGGAAGUAAAAGGAAAUGACUUUUUCAUUGCUGCUUUUUCCUGCUUGUAAAAUUGGGGGUAUUUACCAUAUAUAUAGUUCUGGGACGGCAGAAACUAAGGUCAUUGUCACAAGAUUUGCAAUAUUACUUUCGCCUUUGAACAUUUAAAUGUUUUAAAAAUUACAGUGUUGCAGUUGUAGCCAGGAACCUUCAGGUUCAGAAAUUAUUUUCUGUCCAGUUGAUUGUUCCAAACACUAGAAUUUACUAUAUAUGUUGCUAAGUAUACUCAUUAAUGUUUUCUGUUGUGGCAGAAUAAAACUUAGACAUGAUAAGCUAAGAUAGAGUUUAAAAAAAAAAAAACUAAGCCAAGUAACAAAGGGGUAGUGAAUAUAUUACUACCUUUCUGAUUUUUAAUCACUAACUAUAUUUUAACAGCCAGUUCUGGUAAAACAUUUUUUUAAGUACUAUUAAAGGCAAAUUGCAUUAAUGUUUAAAAACUAGAAGUCAUUGAAAACAGUUGCUUAGGGAAAUAAUGAAGUUAUUAGCUUUGGGUUUUAAUAGCAUUUUUAUAGAGAAGAAAAGUAACAGAAGAACUCAUGUUUAUAAGCGUAUAAAUGGUUCAAGAUAAUUUUAAAAAUCAUUUAAUUUUUUAUGCUUGCCUAGUUGUAGGGUCAAAAGUAAUCUCAUGACUGAUGUAGUCAGCACCUCACAGCCUCUCCAUAUGGAAAGGGGAUAAUGAGAACAUGUUAUUUGGAAAUAAGAAGUUGGUCUAAGAGCCAGGUGCCAGCAUUAGGUUUCUGCCUACACAGCUAAGCGCCUCUAUCUACUUACUGUCUCCCACCCAGUCCUCCUCUCCGUCAGUUACCAACGCCUUGUAUAAAUGUGUCCAUUACCAGGCUCACAGACGGGGAGUGAUUUGUCUCCUUUGGACCUCAUCCAGAAUCCAUCAGCCUCACACACAUAUUUACCUGCAAAUCAUUGAAAAAGCAAAGAUGUUUAACUGCAUGUGAGAGGUGGUUGUCAUCUGCUUGAAAACCCCCUUGAAAAAUGUUGAUUCUUGAGCAUCCGUGGGAAAUAGUGGUGUCUGAAUAACCAUUUUACAUGAUUUCCUAAGUAGGAGGUCUCUGCAUUACCAUGUUUGCUUGCAAAGUGGAAACCUUUUAGAUGUGUAACUUGAAUAUGUAUCAAGAUCUCAAGUGCUUAAUGAUAAGGUUUUGACUUGUUAAAUUAAACCAUUUGGAAUAUA